UGAUAGAAGCUCUAUGUUUCACACAGUCCGGCAGGGCAAACAAACAGCUGAGAUAAAAACAGAUGUUUCUAAUUUGAAAUAAAGAAAAAUUGUACGCAAAUCAAAGAGUUAAUUGGGAAGAUAAUGGAAAAGUGCCUAAAAAUCCGCGAAUAUUUGCCAAAAUAUGAGCAAAUCAAAAAUAUAUUGGAAAAUGAGCCUGAAGCGAAUUACAUACUGCAAAUGGCGGCUGCCGACAUAGAGAAGCCACUUGUAACGGGUGAAUUCAACGAGGAAAUGUAUUAUUUAAUUUGUAGCUUAACGGAUAAAUGCUGGGAACGCAUACACACUGGACACUUUAGCGAAGUGUCGUUGGAUGUCCGUAAAACUUAUACUUUAGCAAAUUACUACAAAAUAUUCUAUCUCCUAUGUGAAGGUGUUUCCCAACAACAAUUAAUGCGAUGUACCGAGAUACUUGACGAAGCAAUACUAAUAGGUUGUACGCAAGAACUGUAUAGUAAAAGUGAUGAGUUCCAAAAUCAACUGACUGAGUUCGUUAGUGAGUUUUCAGAUGACGUGUCAGAAAUACCAUUGCCUAUUAUCGAAGAAGUCAAGCGACAAGACUACAAAUGUGACAUUCCUGUUUUGGAUUGCCCUACAGUUGAAAACUUUCGAACGAAAUGCUUUAUUUCUGAGCAGCCUGCGUUACUGCUAAACACCUUCAUGCAUUGGCCCGCUAUGCAGAAAUGGCGUGAUCUUAAUUACUUAUUUAAACUAGCAGGUAAUCGCACAGUUCCUAUAGAAAUUGGGGCCAAUUACACAACUGAUGAAUGGUCACAGCAGCUGGUAAAAAUACGUGAUUUUUUACGACGACAAUUCACGGAAACCCAUCAUGAAAUUGAAUAUCUCGCACAACAUGAGCUCUUCGAUCAGAUACCAGCUCUGAAAGCGGAUAUACGCAUACCAGAUUACUGUAGCAUACACUCGAAGAAUUCUUACUCAGAACAAGUUUCUAUAAAAGCCUGGUUGGGUCCUAAAAAUACCAUAUCACCGUUACAUUAUGAUCCGGAAAACAAUUUAUUAUGUCAAGUAUUUGGUAGAAAACAGAUAAUAUUAGCUGCACCAGCAGAUACUUCGAAGCUAUAUCCGCAUGAGACGGAAAUGCUUUGUAACACCUCGCAAAUAGAUGCCGCACAAUUGGAUUUUGAACGAUUUCCACUUGCUGCAGAAGUAAAAUUUUACAACGUUACCUUGCAAGCAGGCGAUUGCCUUUAUAUGCCGCCUAAAUGGUGGCACUAUGUACGGGCAGAAAGUGAGAGUUUCUCAGUUAGUUUUUGGUGGUCGUGAAUAUAGUGGAAAAUGUAUAUAUGCAUACAUUUUUCAUAUUUGUGAAUAAAUUAGAUAAUGUAUCAAAAUACGUAUUAAUAACUGAAUUAAUAAACAACCGCCUUAUAAAAGUGCUAUAUCGCUAUAUUUGUUUUUGUAAA